ACGUUUUGUCUUGAAACCGUGCUUGCGCGGAUCUUGAGUGAAUGGCGGCGUGUUUAUAGUGGGUCUUGUGGCUGCAGUCAGGCGUGGAUUAGUUGAUUUACCGAGAUGUUUUGGGGAUCAGCAGGUCAGCGGGGGUCUGUCGGGCUUCUCCGCUGCUGGUCCCUGACGGUCAGCCCCAAGACUCUCACACCCACCCGGUGUCCUCUGCACACUCCACGCUCUCUCUCGUUCUCUGCCCCCCUAAAGUCUCCUGCUCAUGAAGAGGUGAAGCAGCCUCUGAGGCGGUGGGAUCUGGCAGUGAGCCCCUUCACCACGGUGCGCGCACAGAUAGGCUGCAACAUAUCCAUCCACCCGCUGGACCCGCACACCUACCCCGAGGCUGAUCGAGCCUUCAUAACAGUCCACGGGCUAGACAAGGAGCAGGAAGUCAGUCUGGACCGGUUAAAGGUCCACUAUGAUGAUCGGAGCAAAGAGCUCCUAAUAUCCGCUGAGACGGUGGAUAGCGACGUGUCCAUCGAAAUGUCUGCACCCAUCAAAAGCAAUCUCUUCAUUACUACUCAAGGAAAGGGAAGCGUGCAAGUUAAGAAUAUGGAGUGUGAUAUCUGCAAGGUGCGAACAGAAAAGGGGAACUGCCUGCUGCACUCUGUCAAGGCCUGCUUAUCUUACAAAGACAAAGCCAAACCACACACUCCUCUGCUAAAACAGCUCAGCCCUGACCUUCAUCUAUCAAAACAUUUACUGACGGCUCAUCAGGUUGAGGUGCAAUCCCACGAAGGGCAUGUUACAGGUGUGGGCACAAUCAAUGGCAACGUGGUCAUCAGCACUGGCGGAGACAGUGCAGUGGAUGUCAAGAAGCUCCAAGGCACCAAGAUGAAUGUGUCAACAGAGCACGGCCCUCUGAAGGUCAAAGCCAUCUACGCGGAGUCCACCUGCAUCUCAUCCCGUUCGGGGAGAGUGAACCUAGGGCACGUACACGGUGAGACUACUGUGAAGAACGUGUGUGGAGAUACAGUUAUAGAUGGUUCAAAUAGCUUCCUGAAGGUUUCCUCUGACAGCGGAGGCAUCGAUGUCUACGUGGGAGACGGUGGCAGUGCUGAGCUUCACAGUCAGCAAGGAGCGGUGAGCGUGCGUGUGCCAUCCUCAUUAAGAGCUGGGGUGAGGCUUUGUGGGACGUCGGUGGAUAUCAGCCCAGAGGUUGUUCUGCAUGGAGUAGAAAACAACACGUCUGAAGGCCACACCACAGUUACUGGCUACAUGAAUGUAGAGUCUCCGGCUAAUCAGUGGGUUAAAGCUCAAGCAGACAGAGGCUCCAUCAGACUGACUGUACAAAGCUGGUUUGAGUCCCGGAGGCUAGGCAGCUGAAUGUCCCGUUUUUUUCCUAGAAUCAUAAUGAUGCAUCGCUGAACUGGGACUUAAAAAAUGUACAAGAAAGAGCCAAACAUUACUGCAGCUGUAAGAGACUGAAUGCUAAUUUAACUCAGGAUAUACUGCAUUAUAAUCUGAAGUAUAUUACAAAUGUUCUAUGUGUGUAAGAAGCCACUGUACAUACAGACUGCAGUGAGAUUAUGUGUGCACCAAACUGUUGGAGUGUUUUGGGUGUUUUAAAAAAAAAAAGUUUUGCUCAUAUUUUUUUUUUUUUUUUGUCCAAGUUUACCGAAUGUUUCUGGAUGCUACCUCAAACUAUGAAAGCACCGUUGAAUACCUUGCACCUCUCCACUGUUACCCUUGUGUUCAGCUCUAAUUAAUUAUAGAGUCACAUAUUUGGAAAUAUUACUUUAAAACUGAAUUUUGCAGCUAGCAGCAUGUCAGUAGCAUGAUUGGGUUCAAGUACAACAUUUUACGCAGUUUCCCAGAAGUAAACAUGUGCAGAGGUUUACCAAUCUGCAAAUUGUGGAAUGAUUUUAGAAUAAUGUCCCUGAACAUAAAAUUGUAAAUAUCUUGAAUAUUAUAAAGAGGAUCUGGAGAAAUCUCUGUUGCGCAAAGGACAAGGCCAAAAAUUGAUACUGGCUGCGGUCUUUGGGCUCUUGGAUAGCACCGCAUUAAAAACAGACACGAUUCUGUCAUGAAAAUCAGUACAUGGGCUCAGGAGCCCUUCCAGAAACAGGUCAUAGUUUGCAGUGCCAUCCAAAACUGCAGGUUAAAGCUCUGUCGUGAACAUAAUACAGAAAUCCCACUGUCUUCUUUGGGCUAAAGCCCAUCAAACAUGGAUUGAGGCAAAGUGAAAUACUGUUUUGUGGUCAGACAAAUUUAAAUUUGUAAUUGUUUUUAAAAACUUUUGGAUGCUGUAUCCUCUGAACUAAAGAGAGGAUCAACCACCUGGCUUGUUGUCAGUGCUCAGUUCAAAAUCCUGCAUCUUUAACAGUAUAAGGGUUUAUUAGUGACUGAUGGCAGCUCGCACACGGAAAAGUACCGUCAAUGCUGAAAGAUACAUAUAGGUUUGCGAACAACAUGCACCGCCAUUCAUUUUCAGGAAGAACUACAAAUUUCAGUAAGGCAAGUUCAGCAUCUAUUAGAACAGCAUGAUUUCAUAGUAGAAAAGUGCUGAACUGACCCAAAGUCCAGACUUCACUUAUUAAAAACAUUUGGUGCAUCAUCAUCGUCAGACCCAGCAGUGCCGAGCAGCCAGAAUCCUAUAUCAGUCAAGAAUGAGACAACAUUCCUCUCCCAGACGUCCAGCAGCUGGUCUCCUCAGUUCUGAGACAUUAACAGACUGUUGUUAAAAGAGGAGAUGCUACACAGUGGUAAAAAUGGCACUCUGUCAAAUAUGAGAUGCUUUUCUGCCAUUAAAUUCAAAUUGAGUAGUGACUCUAUAGUGUGGUCCACGCCAAAUCCCUUUGGAGUUGUGUCAGGAAGGGCAUCUGGUAUUUAAAAUAAAUCAGAUGGGAAUAAGGGAGCAGUAGAAAAAAGCUUCACCAGCUAUGGGGUAUAAUGUACAUCACCCAAAACUGGAACAGUAAAUUUCUAAAGCAGGGGUCUCAAACUUGCGGCCCGGAGCCCACUUGCAGCCCACCUCACCCCUACUUCACGUUUGCAGUUUUGUUAUACAAUAUUUGAAAUUUAAAAAAAAACCAAAACCCGAAACACUACAUUUUUGGAAAUAUUUGUGGGUGUUUUCUUGUUUGUUUUUGUUCUACUUGAAGACUAAAGUCGUCCUCCAAUGAGAUGACAGUGCCAGCAGUGGCCCACGGCUCAUUUAAGUUUCUAUUCUAAAGAUUAUGUUGAGACAUUUCUGAAUUUGAAGCAAACUUUGAAUUCAGUCAUUGCAGACCAAUGAUGGCCGGCUACAUUAAGUCCAUGAGAAACUGUGCAUAUAAAUAUGAUUUCCAGUGAGAAAAGGUUGCUAUAUUAUUAAUAGAUAGGACUGCAAACUGGCUCCUGAAGUAAACUAGUACACCACUUCAACUGUGCUGUUGGAAACUGAUGAAAUGUGUCAGCAAAGCAGGUAAAACUUUGUGUUGUAGGCUUCUGUCCAGAAAGCCCACACAGGUAAAAUUCUGUUUAUUUCCUGCAUGGACUUAUUGCAGU